AUGUUGCUUCAUCGUUACAAACCAGAUCUGGAAAUACUAAAUAAUGUUGUUUUGGGAGAUACAAAUACAACUCGACAAAUAUUUUCGAACGUUUCAUUGCUAUGGGUAGCUACUUCGAUUAAUGAUUUCGAAGUAGUAAAAUUACUAGUUGAACAUGGAGCUAAUGUGAAUCACCGAACUAAAACAAAUUCAACACCAUUGCGCGGUGCUAGUUACAAUGGUAAUGUGGACAUGGCUCGUUAUUUGAUUGAAAACGGUGCUGAUGUACAUCUUGCCAAAGAAAACAAUGAUACGAAUCUAAUGGUGAGCGUAUGUCAUAAGCAUUUAAAUAUGGUUACUUAUCUUGUGGAUGAGUUAAACUAUGAUGUAAAUGAAUGUGAUAAUAAUGGCCGUUCGUCGCUUUACGACGCUGUCACUUGUGGAUCAGUUGAACUAGUGGAGUUUUUACUUAAACGUGGAGCUCGAAACUUUCAGGCUGUUGUUGAUCAAAUGUCUCCGUUAAUGUGGGCAGCAGAAAGAAAGCGUUCAGAGCUUGUAGAUAUUAUUUCUCCUUAUUGUUCACUACUUGAAAGGAUAGAAGCUGAAGAACUACUUGCUAGUGCUUUGAUCUGUGGUAAUCGUGAUGAUCAUGUUCUUGAUCAAUCAUUUAAACAUUUUUGUCGAGCACUCGAAUUAAGAACGAUUCACAAUCUUUCGAAAGCUACGAAAUCAACUACCAAUGCAAUUUUCGAUAAUCGACAUGAAUGCCAAACAAUUAAGCAACUAGAAGAAAUACGUUCGAAUACGGAUCAGUUGUAUAUCGAAGCUUUGCUGGUACGUGAACGAUUGCUCGGUUCAACUAAUGGAGAAUACCGUUAUUCACUAUGCUAUCGUGGUGCUAUUCUAGCUGAUAAUGGACAAUAUCAUAAAGCAGUUGCCUAUUGGAUAUAUGAACUUAGUUUAUGUCAACAAUAUUCAAUUUCAAUUGAUCCAAAACAUUUGCGCCGUUUUGCAUCACUUUUUAGUGGAAUGUUAUAUAAGAUAAAAUUCAUACCCAUGGAAGCUUUGUUUACAAUAAUAAAAGAGACAAUAGAACAGCUCGAAUAUGACAAGAAAAACUUUAAUGACAAUCUGUCUACUUUACUUUUUCUGAUAACAAUUGUGAGUCAGUUUUUAGUAGAAAACAUUGCUUCUACAGUGGAUUGCAAAACGUUCUUUUCUCUUCUUCAUUCCAUUUGUCAUCGUCAUUAUACUAAAUUAGACUCCGGCAUGUCUUUAUUACAUCUCGCCUUGGAUACUCAUACAUGGGUAGAUGAUUAUCAUAUUAAACGUAUUUGCAAAUAUCCGUGUUUGAUAACAACUCGCAUACUUUUACAAUGCGGUGCUGCUGUAAAUGCAUACGAUACUAUACGAAAUACACCACUACAUAUAAUUGCUUCUAGUAAAUCUGCAUAUAACAAAUGUGUAUUGAAUCUUCUCUGUGAUGCCGGUGCUCACCUAGAUUGUGUUAAUGCUUUUGGAGAGACACCAAUCGAUUUAGCAACAAUAUCGGAUAUCAAGCAACUACUGAAAAGUAGAAUGAAAAUUAGUUUAAAAUGUUUAUGUGCACAGUUGAUUCGAAAGAAAAAUGUACCAUUUCAUGACAAAAUUGCUGUUUCACUUAUUAACUUUGUUGAAAAACAUUAA